AUGCCGACUCUUCGAACCUUGCGAUCAGACCCCCUCAGUGGAGUUGACUACCUCACAAGUGAAUUCCAGACGUCUGAUAAUCCCUUCUACGCCGAGGUCGACGAAGAUUCCGCCGCAGUGCUACCAGACCCUGUUUCUUCCGUCAGCUCACACCCGAAGAAGAAGAAAGCUAACAGCAAGGCAGCCAAAGCAAAGUCGACUGCAUCAAGAACCAAAACCGAAAAGCCAACAAUGACAUCCGUUCUUGGCAGUCCUGUGCGCAUUCUCAAGGGCGCCGGAAACAAUGGCACCAAAGAUCAUGAAGAGUUUUAUGAUGUUGAUCUUUCCAAUGAGGAGAUGCAUGGAGAGUAUCUUGUUACUCUCUGCACGGACGAGCUCAUCACAAAGAAGGAUGGUAGCACUUGCCAUGCCAGCUCCAUUGUGGUAGCCCGUCCCAAUAGCAAACCAGCAGACACCAAGCUCUUGAAGGCAACUGUGAGCACUGAUUCGAUUGAGAUUGUCGGCCCUGCAAAGAGUAGCACUUACUUGGGCAGCUCUAAGGAGUGGUUGGGGUUGCUUGAGAAGAACAAGAAGCGAUUUUCGGCAUCCAAGCUUGGCACCACGCUCACCGCAUUGGUUACCAAAAUGCAAAAGAAGAAGGCAAACACCAAGACGACCAUUCUUAGUGUCAAAGACCUUGGCAUCAAGCUCUCGAAUCAAUAUUUCAAUGACGGAUGCCAAGACGGAGCGCUGAAGAUGGUUCCUCUCCCGUACUCGUACGAAGCCAAUGUUGGAAAGACAACCUUUAAGGUCACCGAAGCAAUGGUCAUUUGGCGUGCCUACAUUGAAAGCUCGGAGGACGAAGUGAGCAACCAAGCUGGCACUGGUAGUGAAGACUACGAUCUUUUGGUUCACCUCCUGGAAAAUAUCAACACUGGUGAUAGUACUAGUAGUGGUGAUAGCAUGGAUACGGAUAGUGUUGAUGGUUCUAAGGACGAUUCAUCUGGUGGCGAGGAUGCUACUAACGGUGGCUCCACGGAUCUGGUUCUCCCUGCUUUGCCCAAAUCCGAUAAUGACGACGAGGACGAAGGACCCUACUACGACUAUGACCAGGAGUCAGUUAAGAGUGACGAUGACAAAGACAAUGACAAGAACAAGGACGUGAGCAGCGACGAAUACCUCAACAAUGCAAUGGAAAAGGCAAAGACUGCUGCUCGUACAAAGAAAGCCAAAGAGGUCUUGGCUCGUCUCCAUGACCAGAAGCGACAGCGCGGAGAAGAUGUGACUUGGGUCGAAGACAAGAUGGCCGAUGUCAAUUCGUUUGUCCGUGACUUUCAACAUGAAUUGGAUCGACUCCUCCUCAAAGAAGGCGAGGAGAACACGAUGGAAGUCGAGAACGGCACAAAGAAGAGAGGAAAGGAGGAUGUUGAAGGCCCUAACUUUGACGACGACGACGACCUCUAG